GCGACGUUUACACUCUCUUUCCAAAAGAAAACAGUUUCUUCAUUGCUCUGCUCUAUAUUUCUCACUUAAACUCCAUGAAUGAACUUCAAAGCUCUCUUCUUUUCAUCUAAUAAAAAUACCCUUUAAUCGUUUUUUGCUUCUUUAUUUCACUGUAUAAUCAACGAAGGGUUUUCUUUUUUUUCUUUCGGAUUUUUUAGGGAAAAAAACGAGCUGCAAUGGAGAAAAAGCAAGGUUUUUUCUCAUCUCUCAAAGAAGACGUGAUUCGCGGGCUUUCACCUUCCCGUUCCCGGUCCAACAGUCUGGCGAGAACCGGUUCACCCAUGUCCGGUCUCUUGCGGAGAAAGAAAACCAGUAACCAGUACUACGCCGGUGGCGGCGGUUACGUGGCGCAACCGGAGCCAUUGAUCGCGAGAUCCGGGAGCUUAAGGCCAGUCGGGGAAGCUUUGGCUCCACUCAUGGAAGGUCCUGAUCCCGACGGAGUCGAAAUCGGGGACUCGAAACGAGUCGGGUCGGGUAUAGGACAAUGGGUUAAGGGGCAGUUGUCGAGGAACCCUUCCGUUACUGCUUCGUAUAAGAGGUCUGAUCUGAGAUUGUUGCUUGGGGUUAUGGCUGCACCAUUGGCUCCGGUUCAUGUUAACUGCAAUGACCCUUUGCCUCAUUUGAGCAUCAAAGAUACUCCCAUUGAAACUUCCUCUGCUCAGUACAUAUUGCAGCAAUACACGGCGGCUUCCGGCGGGCAGAAGUUGCAAAACUCGAUUCGGAAUGCCUACGCUAUGGGGAAGCUUAAAAUGGUAGCUUGUGAAUACGAAACGGCAACGAGGACGGUUAAGAAUCGCAACGGCUCUAAAGGCGCGGAGUCCGGCGGGUUUGUGCUUUGGCAAAUGAAUCCGGACAUGUGGUAUGUCGAACUUGCGGUCGGUGGUAGCAAGGUUCGCGCUGGAUGUAAUGGGAAGCUCGUGUGGCGGCAUACGCCUUGGCUCGGUAGUCAUACCGCGAAAGGACCUGUUCGACCGUUGCGUCGUGCGCUUCAGGGUCUUGAUCCGAGGACUACGGCUGGUAUGUUUGCUGAUGCAAGAUGCAUAGGUGAGAAAAAUGUUAACGGUGAAGAUUGCUUCAUCCUCAAGUUAUGUACCGAGCCGCAGACGCUUAAGGCGAGGAGUGAAGGCCCGGCGGAGAUCAUUAGGCAUGUUUUAUUCGGUUACUUUAGUCAGAAGACUGGACUUCUUGUUCACAUCGAAGAUUCACAUCUGACUCGUAUUCAAUCUAACGGCGGUGAUGCUGUUUAUUGGGAAACCACAAUCGAUUCAUAUCUCGAUGAUUACCGUCCCGUUGAAGGUAUCAUGAUAGCACAUUCCGGUCGUUCUGUUGUUACACUUUUCAGGUUCGGGGAAGUCGCAAUGAGCCAUACUAAAACAAAGAUGGAAGAAGCUUGGACGAUCGAGGAGGUUGCCUUCAAUGUACCAGGCCUUUCGGUUGAUUGUUUUAUCCCACCAGGUGAUUUGAAGUCCGGAUCCAUCGGUGAAACCUGCGAACUCCCUCAAGACGAAAAGGGAAAGACCGCGAUCGUGUUAGCAGCACAACGUGCCAAGCUCGCCGCAGCUGGCAACACAAUUUGGAAGAUGGAAGUCUGAGUGGGAAAAUCACAUCUUUGGCAAAUUGUUCAUAUUGGUAACUAGUGCAGUUCACUGACACAUUAGAAGGUCUCUUUUUUCGACUUCGGUUUUUUGCCUCUGUUAUUACUUCCGAUGCAGUAUUCGACUACGGUGUCGGAGUUCGGGUUAUUCUGGUUCGGGAUCGAGCUAACAGAGGUUAAUAUUUUUUAGGUUGUGAAGCUGCCCUAUUAACCUUUAUAUAUAUAUAGUUUCACACUAACUCUAAUGGUUAAUGAAUAUAUUGUGGCAGUAUAAAAGGAUGCUGCUACUAAUCAUGUUUGAGAAUUCGACAGUCAUUUUUCUGGUUUUUAAUGUUAGUGUUUCUGGAUUCUAUGAUUCCAUUGUUUGUCUGAAAGUGAUGUUGUUGGAUAUGGUAAAUGACAUGGAAUUACCUGUGUUCUGGUUGGCUGCUACUGAAAAGCAAAAAUGUAAACUCAAAAUCCAUGUUCAUCUGUUAAUUUAAUGCUUAUUGUUAAUGUUAUAUAAAUUUUAAAAUGUUAUUUGACUUUAA